UUCUCUGGUGCAAUUGUGCCCCGUACAGUUGAAAGGUAUCCGAGUCUGAAAGAAGACUUCGGUGCAGAUAUCUCGAGGCUAGGGCUUUCUUUAGUGAGCGACGGAAGAAAGAGAUGUAUAUAUAUAAAAAAAAAGAAAUCAAAAGAGGGGAUGGAAAGUCCUCCGAUUGGGCUCGCAAAUGGUGAUCUAUAGACGACGGUGAUUCCGGCUUUCUUCUGCUGAGAUUUCUCCGCCAUGGAAGAAGGUUACACCAGCCUGCCUACCAGCCACUUGCUCGGUUCCGUUCCAGCUGCGGUUGCUGAAGAAAAAGCCAAAGGCGCUGCUAGUGAAUCCUCAUCUGCCAACUUGCAAAUCUUUCCGCCUGCUAAUGGAGGCUAUCAAGCCCCUGGGAGUCCAUAUGGUGGAGAUGAUCAAGCUACAAGCAGUUGGAAAGGGGUAUGUAGCAUUUCAUCGUACACCCCAUAUUUCAAUGUUGAUACCGAUAUUGUGGUGGGUAGACUUAUUAGUUCUGUGUAUCCCAUGAAUGAUUUUACCGGGAAAAUCGAUGGCAAUCCUGAUCUGUAUGGCCCCAUUUGGAUCUCUACUACAUUGGUAUUCAUGCUUGCUGCCCUUGGAAACUGUGCAACCUAUCUUAUGCACAAAAGAAAUGAACCAGAUAUUGCGUGGGCCUUUGACGUCACUUAUGUAAAUUGGGCGGCAUGUAUCAUAUAUGGUUAUGCACUUGCUGUGCCAGUUGCAUUUUACUUCUUGCUUCGGUACUUUGGAUGUAAUGCAAGUCUCAUACGCCUUUGGUGUAUGUGGGGCUACUCGCUGUUCAUCUUCGUACCAAGUUCUUUGUUGUUGAUAGCUCCUGUUGAGAUUUUCCGAUGGAUCAUUAUAAUUCUUGCUGGUGCUGCAUCAUCUUGGUUCGUUGCGCUAAACUUAAAGUCUUAUACAGAGGGGAGUGAUCUGAUGGUUUUAAUUGUUAGCGCCUUGUUGUUGCAAAUUGUGCUUGCACUUUUCAUCAAAAUUUUCUUCUUCGCGUGAGGUUGUAUGUUCAGGGGGUAUCAUGGCGUGCAGCAUAUUUGAUAGCAGAUGUACAGAUGAAUUUUAAGGCAAGGCUCUUUACUUCAUUCUAUAUGCAGGGUACUAUCAUACGGAAAUGAGGUUGCAAGGUCUGACUUUACAUACUGAACCUAGUGGACGAGAAGGGAUGAUGUAAACACCUUAAAUUGAUGUCUGGAGUUGCAGUGAAAUGUUUUGCCAGACUUGAUAUUUUUGAAAACUGUUUGCUGGAUGAUGCUUUUUUGCUUCAAACUGACUUGGACCUACAAUGUAUAUCAUGCUAUUGGAAUUGUGGUGGAGAGGAUCUCCUUGCUUGAUCUUUGAAUGGAAUUGCCUCUUGGGUCCCUUUUUUUUU